AUCCUUGCCUGCACAUAUCUGAAUAUUCUAUUGAACCUCCUUAAGAAUUCAGAGAAACUGCCGGGUGACCACUGAAAGAAAGAUCUGAUCUUAAGGCUUACGCGUAUUCUAACUGCCACAUCAAAACAAUGUCCUACGUUUUUGUAAAUGAUUCUUCUCAGACUAAUGUGCCCUUGCUACAGUCCUGUACUGAUGGAGACUUUAACUAUUCCAAGCGGCUUUUGGAAAGUGGCUUUGACCCAAACAUUCGUGACAGCAGGGGCAGAACAGGCCUUCACCUCGCAGCAGCCCGAGGAAAUGUAGACAUCUGCCAGUUGUUGCAUAAAUUUGGUGCUGAUCUUCUGGCCACGGAUUAUCAAGGAAACACAGCUCUUCAUCUCUGUGGCCAUGUGGAUACUAUUCAAUUCUUAGUUUCCAAUGGACUCAAAAUUGAUAUUUGCAAUCAUCAAGGUGCUACACCCUUAGUUCUGGCAAAGCGCAGGGGAGUGAAUAAAGAUGUCAUCCGAUUGCUGGAAUCUUUGGAAGAACAGGAGGUAAAAGGAUUUAACAGAGGAACCCACUCAAAACUGGAGACCAUGCAGACAGCUGAGAGUGAAAGUGCCAUGGAAAGCCAUUCUCUCCUCAGUCCCAGCCUGCAGCAAGGUGAAGGAGUCCUGUCCAGCUUCCGAACCACGUGGCAGGAGUUCGUAGAGGAUCUGGGCUUCUGGAGGGUGUUGCUCUUGAUCUUCGUCAUUGCUUUGCUGUCUCUUGGCAUUGCCUACUAUGUGAGUGGGGUGCUACCCUUUGUGGAAAACCAGCCUGAACUGGUGCAUUAAAGGAGUUCAUGGGAGAUGAGGCAAAUGCUGGGUUCCAGUGUUUGUUCUCAGUUUCUCAGAAAUUUCCUCUUAGUGCAAGGCAGUGAGGGAUGUACAUUUUUUCUUUUUGCAUUUUUACAUAUUAUAAUCCUUUUAAAAGAACGACAUGUUCCUUUGAACUAACUACACACUAUGGUCAAAUAUACUGCAUCCUAAAGCUACCUCUGACUCACCCUGACUUCUUAGGAAAACCUACACAUAGCCUUGUUGAUAAAAACAUGGAAAUAGCUAAAGAAUGAAACAUGAAGUAAAAGACUAGAAAGUCUUCACUAUAGAACCUUACCCUAAUAUAAGACCAACUAAAGUGUUCAAAAAGAUAAAGGUUUUUCCUAUGUGAUUAGUUUAGGUUGGUAGUUUUAUUUUGUUUUUGUUUGUUUAUUUUUGCAGGAGUCCCUUUUCUCCUUUUAUUUACUUUCUCUGGGGGUAGGGAAGAGAAAGAAACAUUCAGCUUAAAACUUGAAGUGCUUUUUUCAAAUCCUAUAUAGCAAAGCAGCAUUGUUGGAAUCUCUUUGGUUCAUUUUAGUAUUUUCAAGUCUAGUCACAAACAGAACUUUUGAAAAUGAGCUAUAUUUUCUUCAAAAAUGAUUGAUCUUGUGUUCAUUUGUUUUUAGGAUAAUUUUGAAUUUUUUGUGUCAGCUGCUUUGCUUCUUAAUAUCUGGAAAAUGAACUUGAGGAAUUCAUUUUGUUCACUUUUCAAUUUCCCCUAGUGUUGAUUUCAAUACCCUGUUCAUUAAAAAUACAGUCAGAAAACUGUUUUUCUACUCAAUAGUUAGCAGGGAAAAAUAAUUCUGAUAUUUAACUGUCACUAUAAUUCCAUAGCGCUAUUAUUGUGAAAAAUUCAGUUCUAUAAGCUAGGUGUAUUGUCACAAUUGUAUCAUAGUUCAUAAUUAUUUCAUUUCAUGUGCAGUCCUAUUUAGAGGGCUGUAGGAACUGUCAUAACAGUUCCGUCCAUGUCACUAAUUCUCUGAUGGCAAGAACGGAUGGAACAUCUCUGAGUUAACAAUGCUGAACACUAUUGUACUGGGUGUCGUAAAAUCUUUAUGAAUGAUAAUAUUAUGUAAAUUGAAAUCUGGCCCCCAAACUGUAUUGCAGCUUUCAGCAGUAUGUUUGAAGUCCUCUUUUGUUAAUGAUUCUAUUAGGUAUAAGUCAUAUUCUCGGAUUGUUAAAGAAUAUGAAAACGAUAAUUAUUCAUCGGGUAUUGUCAGAAAAUCAUAGUGAAAGAACUAAUGGUUUUAUUUUUUAGAACAAAGGCAUCUAAGCUACUACUAGUUGAAUUGUUGCUAGAAUUAGAAAUUACAGUUUAGAAUAGAGUUAGUAUUUCUGUGAUUCUUUUUGCUUCUUGAUAUUUUCUCUUUCGU